AUGUUUGGUUUAUUUGUGCUGGUUGCAUUGGUGGGAGGCGGCUUAUGCGUUGAUAGGCAUGGAUCCCACCCGUUCGUACAAGCUAGAACAGAUUUAACAUACGUCCGACUUAUGCUCCAAGAUUUGGUUCCUCGUGAUACUAAUAACUUGACGGUUCCUUCCGCCCGUUUGCAUCUCUCCGCUGGUGUUCUGGCAGGUGUUACCUUAGCUGUCGGUAAAUCUGUAGAACCAAUCGGCGCCAAGUACGAUCCGUUAUCUGUAUUACAAGAAGUAGCACCAGCCGUAUGGGAAGAUUAUAACGGAGUGGCGGCUGAUCCGCUUAAUAAUUUAUUAUCUGUAGUCAACACUAAAGUUCUGCCAGUUUACUCAGUCAUAGAUGUCUUGUGCCCAGGUACUGAUGUAGAAACCUGUAACGCCGCUGUAGAAUCGUCGCUUAGCAGCAAUAGUUUCCUGAGAAAACGUGGCGAUAUCUUACUAUCAGCUGGAAGUCUGGCACACCGUCUGAGAAAACAUGAGAAAUCUAUUCUAGCUGCAGUCGACCAAUACUUAGACCUACCCGAUCUCAUUAGGGCUAUGCAAACUCAAGAAUACAAAAAUCUCGUUGGAGAACUAGCAGAUCUGGAUCGCAAACUAGAGAACAAGUUGCUUUAA